AUGGGUGGGAAGGGGGUGAUUUCGGGCGAGGGAGCAGACGGCCUGCCGAGCCCGUCCGAAGGAAAUGGUUCACAUCAACGCCCUGGCGACAUACGGGAAGGGUCCUCGCUGGAAGACCACGGCGCCGAAGCGGAUGCCUACGACGUACAGCUUGUAGUCCGCUGGAUAUUCGAGGGUACACCUCGCCAUCUGCUCAUCGCGGACGACUCGCCGCCCCGCUCGGUUUACGAAGGGGUGUUUGUGUAUUCGUUUGACCAACAUGGAUUGGUGAAGGAGCACCGGCUGGAAGCGAUCAACCCUGCACCCCCAUUCGUUGCGUCAUGGAAGGCGAUGUUCGGUGGGGGGAUGCCUGCGGCACCCGGCGCCACAUCUUUGCCUGGCGCGUCGGCGCCUGCUGCGACGUUGAAGGCGAUGGGCAAUGCGAGGGAGGUUCACGGUUGAUUUUCAUUCACGUCGAGCCCUCUGUAGAAUAGUUCAACACAUCAAACCAUUCAGGCUCGUAUCAUUUUGCAUAGCGAAGUAAUCAUUAAUGUUUAGCAACUCGUAGCGCUUCAUCAACCACAUUCUGUCUCCAAUUCCCACAAUACCAUAUGAUCUUUAUAUCGCAUCUAGGACACCAAAAACAUGCG